AGAGUGAUAACUACAAUGGAAGAAAUCAGUAAUUUCAAGACACCAAGCAAAUUAUCUGAAAAAAAGAAAUCUGGAUUAUGUUUAACUCCAUGUAUAAAUAUUCCUGCCUCUCCUUUUAUGCAGAAGCUUGGCUUUGGUACUGGGGUAAAUGUCUACCUUAUGAAAAGAUCUCCAAGAGGUUUGUCUUAUUCUCCUUGGGCUGUGAAAAAGAUUAAUCCUAGAUGUAAUGAUUAUUAUCAAAGUAUGUAUCUAAAGAGACUAACUGAUGAAGCUAAGAUUUUGAAAAGCCUUCAUCAUCCAAACAUUGUAGGUUAUCGUGCUUUCACUGAAGCCAGUGAUGGUAGUCUCUGUCUUGCUAUGGAGUACGGAGGUGAAAAGUCUCUAAAUGACUUAAUAGAAGAACGAAAUAAAGACAGCCGAGAUCCUUUUCCAGCAGCCAUAAUAUUAAAAGUUGCUUUGAACAUGGCAAGAGGGUUAAAGUAUCUGCACCAAGAAAAGAAACUGCUUCAUGGAGACAUAAAGUCUUCAAAUGUUGUAAUUAAAGGUGAUUUUGAAACAAUUAAAAUCUGUGAUGUAGGAGUCUCUCUACCAUUGGAUGAAAAUAUGAUUGUGACUGACCCCGAGGCAUGUUAUAUUGGCACUGAGCCUUGGAAACCCAAGGAAGCUCUAGAGGAGAAUGGUGUUAUUACUGACAAGGCAGACAUAUUUGCCUUUGGCCUUACUCUGUGGGAAAUGAUGACUUUAUCUAUUCCACACAUUAAUCUUCCUGAUGAUGAUGACGAUGAUGAAGACAAAACUUUUGAUGAAAGUGACUUUGAUGAUGAAGCAUACUAUGCAGCUUUGGGAACUCGGCCACCUGUUAAUAUGGAAGAACUGGAUGAAACCUACCAGAAAGUAAUUGAGCUCUUCUCUGUAUGCACUAAUGAAGAUCCCAGAGAUCGUCCUUCUGCUGCGCACAUUGUUGAAGCUUUGGAAACAGAUGUCCAGUGAUCACCUCAUAUUCAUUCCCUGAGCUUCAAGUUUGGCUCAUGUGUAUAACUGUUCUGUUUACUGUCAUACAUUUAUGUAGUUACUAUGAUAAUCCAUAAUUAUUAGACUUUUUGGAAGUCGCCUAUUUUAGGACCAUAGCACCUUGUUAACAUUUGAACAACUAUUUCUAUUAUAAAGGUAUUUCUUAUAUGCUUAUAAUGAUAAGCAUUUGAGAUUGUUUUGGGUUUUCUAUAAAGUUUAAGGAACUAGCUACUCAAGUAUUUGAGCUUGUUCAUAUAGAUUUAAAACACCAGCAAUAAAAUGCUGAAAAUACUUAUGUAUAAUGUUAAUUUGGUUUGCGUGACCAUUUUAUUAAUGAUCUUUCUCAAAUAUUCUCUGUUUAGUGGAUCUUUUGAAAUUAGAACUUUGUGCAGUACAAAAUAAGUCUUCAUUUCCUUAUCUUUUAAAACAUUAAAUCCUUUUCUGGCCUUUCUUGGCUGAUGUGAUUAUUAAAUAUGGUCACUGGAAACUUAAUGAAUUUGGCUCAAAAGAGUAGUUCCUUGGGCAUUUCCAAACAUUUUUGGUUAAUGCUUGUCUUGCUCUUUGGUUUUUACUUUAAUUUAUUAAAUGUGUUUUCUGUACUGAGAUCCCUUUUUUAUUUACUAAUCUAUAUCUUAAGCAUUUUGCAGUUCUGAUGUAAAAAUAGUAAAACUUUAAUAAGACGAUAUAGAAUAAAGGGUGCUUUAUUACCAGAA